AUGCACACGUCUUUGAUGGACCCUGAGGCGAUUUUCACGAAACAAGAAAGAAUCGGUCGUGGUUCUUUUGGUGAGGUCUACAAGGGAAUCGAUAAGAGGAAUGGACAGGUCGUGGCGAUUAAAAUAAUCGACCUUGAACAAGCUGAAGAUGAAAUUGAGGACAUUCAACAAGAAAUUCAAGUUCUCAGUCAAUGCGAUUCGGCCUAUGUUACAAAAUAUUACGGAAGUUAUUUAAAGGGAUCCAAACUUUGGAUCAUAAUGGAAUAUCUUGGCGGAGGCUCUGCUCUGGAUUUGACAAAAAGUGGAAAACUCGACGAGAAUCAAAUCGCUGUCAUUUUACGAGAGAUUCUAAAGGGUCUCGACUAUCUUCAUUCCGAACGAAAGAUUCACCGUGACAUAAAAGCAGCAAAUAUUUUGUGUGGGGAACAUGAUGGAAUAGUGAAAUUGGCCGAUUUUGCUGCCAAUGUCCUCGUCUCCGAGCAUGGUGAUGUGAAAGUGGCCGACUUUGGAGUAGCCGGUCAAUUGACGGAAACGAUCAAGAAGAGGAUCACUUUUGUGGGAAGUCCCUUUUGGAUGGCACCCGAGCUCAUCAAACAGGCUAGCUACGAUUUUAAGGCCGAUAUUUGGUCACUUGGCAUCACGGCUAUUGAGUUGGCUAAUGGAGAGCCUCCACAUUCGGAUCUACAUCCUAUGCGGGUACUGUUUUUAAUUCCAAAGAACCCUCCACCUCAAUUGAGCGGCUCGCAAUGGUCUCGUUCUUUCAGGGAUUUUGUGGAAGUGUGUCUGAAUAAGGAUCCGGAUAAUCGACCGACAGCAAAAGAACUACUUCGUCACCCAUUCAUCCGAAAGGCACGAAAAAAUUCGAUUCUAAUUGAAGUGAUUGAGAGAUCUGCGGAAUAUAGAUUAAGGGUCGGGAAUUCUUCGGAUAGUGAUCUUGAUGAUGAUGGAGACGCGGCCGGAACUUACAAUCAAUGGGAUUAUCCAACUGUUAAGGGCGAAAAGGCAUUGGAAGAGACAGUUCGCCAACGAGCUGUCAAGAACCGUUCGCAAGUGCAACGGGAACACAGUCCUGCCGGAACGAUUGUAAAGUCAAGCCCAAUGGCAGCUGAACUGGUUGAACAAUUGAGGGGAGUGGAACUCGACUCGGAGCCAUCACAAAGCACAGAAAGGGCCGGUGGUGGAAGUGAUUUUCGUGAGGUCGGUCCUUCAACAAUUUCUGGUGCAACAACGAUUUCUGUGAAUAAUACGCAGUAUCCUGCACAAAGUCGUCCGUCUGGUUCGCCUUACAAUACGAAUGGACCAGCUUCAGCUUCAUCUUCAUCUAAUGAAAAUCGCGAUCGACAAACGGGCAAAGACAGCGGCUAUGGGAGUACCGGAAAGGAGAAUGUUCAAACUAAUGGGAAUCACAAAAAUCGGGAACGUGCCAAUUUCGAUGGAAAUCAUGAGAAUGACACACAACAGUUUACUGGCUAUCGUGGUGGUGGAUCGGGUGGACGUCAUGGGGGAAAUUUGCCCCCAGAUACGGAAACGAAAAAUGGGCCAAAGGGUGCUCUGGAGUACGGCUUCUUGACAGUGAUUGAUCAACUUUCUCGAACGAGGCACGCUCGAUCAGAACUUGAUGCCUUAGCCAAUGCUUUGAAACAAGCCGAAGAUACGUGUCCGGGAAUUUGCAAUCAACUUGUCGCGGAGAUUUUGGACUCUGUCGCCGGGCCACAAAUAAAACAGCCGCAAGUGCUGGAAGCUGCUAAAGAUCGGUUGAUUAAACGAUCG